UUCAGAGCUAGAAGCUGUCCUAGUGCUGAAAUUUAUAGGCUGGGUAAGAUCACGUCUCGGUCUCUUUCUGUAGCCCUCAUUCCAGCACAGGAUCUCAGCAUCUUUGCUCUCUUCUCCCUACCCACUCCAGCUCGCAGAGUUCUUUCGUCUCCCUCAUUUACAACUUAUUUUAAAAAGAGAACAUUUUCCAGAGAAAGGGGAUUUGCUAAACAGAAAGGACUUAAAAGCCACAGCAACCAGACUUCCAGCAUGGCAUUGUCACCAGCCCCCUUUGCAUGGUGAUGCGAUUAAGGUAGCAGCUUUUUUUAUUAUUUAGGAAAAGCAGCUGGGGGAUCAUCAGUUCUAAGGCUUUGUCUUUCCGGGGUUAACUGAUGGUCCCGAGCCCGGUUUGACCCAACCACGAUGCUUAGUACUGGCACUUUUUGUUUUUUCUCAGCAAACUAUACAAACCCAAAUCUCUUUCUGAUUUUCAAGGAAACUAGAUUCCUGCCAGGUUUUGAGUCUGGACAAUAGACAGAUACUUUGUCCUAGCUUCUUUCUGGAAUCAUUUCGGGGAUAUUUUCCACAAGAUCACAGAAACAGGAAUGAACCGGCAGCUAGUGAACAUUUUGACAACCUUGUUUGCAUUUUUCUUAGAGACAAACCACUUCAGAACCAAGAGAAAUGAAACAUAUAGCAGCAAUGCUCUGAGUACUGGGAAAACCCACUACGUUCCUUUCAGGGCAGCUUUCUGCAAAGACCAUGACUCCAGGUCUGGAAAACAACCUUCGCAGACCCUAUCUCCUUCAGAUUUCUUGGACAAAUUAAUGGGAAGGACAUCAGGAUAUGAUGCAAGAAUCAGACCAAAUUUUAAAGGGCCUCCUGUAAAUGUUACCUGCAACAUAUUUAUCAACAGCUUUGGGUCAGUAGCAGAAACUACAAUGGAUUACCGAGUGAACAUUUUUCUGAGACAACAGUGGAAUGAUUCACGUUUGGCAUAUAGUGAGUACCCUGAUGAUUCCCUGGACUUGGAUCCAUCGAUGCUGGAUUCCAUUUGGAAACCAGAUUUGUUCUUUGCCAAUGAGAAGGGUGCCAAUUUCCACGAUGUUACCACUGACAACAAAUUGCUUCGGAUUUCAAAAAAUGGCAAAGUGCUUUACAGUAUCAGGCUCACUUUGACCUUAUCCUGUCCCAUGGACUUGAAGAAUUUUCCAAUGGAUGUCCAGACAUGUACAAUGCAGCUGGAGAGUUUUGGAUACACAAUGAAUGACCUGAUAUUUGAGUGGUUGAGUGAUGGUCCAGUACAAGUUGCUGAAGGAUUGACCCUUCCUCAGUUUAUUUUAAAAGAAGAGAAGGAACUCGGCUACUGCACAAAACACUACAACACUGGAAAGUUUACCUGUAUUGAGGUUAAGUUUCACUUGGAACGCCAGAUGGGAUAUUAUUUGAUCCAGAUGUACAUCCCCAGUCUCUUGAUAGUCAUUUUGUCCUGGGUCUCCUUUUGGAUAAACAUGGAUGCAGCCCCUGCCAGGGUCGCACUGGGCAUCACCACAGUUUUAACGAUGACCACCCAGAGUUCAGGUUCCAGGGCGUCUCUGCCAAAGGUCUCCUAUGUCAAAGCGAUUGACAUCUGGAUGGCAGUGUGCCUUCUGUUCGUGUUUGCCGCCUUACUGGAAUACGCAGCAGUGAACUUUGUCUCCAGGCAACACAAGGAGUUCCUGCGGCUCCGAAGACGACAGAAGAGGCAGAAUAAGGAAGAAGAUGCUACUCGUGAAAGUCGUUUUAAUUUCAGCGGUUAUGGGAUGGGUCACUGCCUCCAAGUGAAGGAUGGAACAGCUGUCAAGACCACACCUGCCAACCCGAUCCCACAACCCCCAAAAGAUGCAGAUACCAUCAAGAAGAAGUUUGUGGACCGGGCAAAAAGAAUUGACACGAUAUCUCGAGCUGCCUUCCCACUGGCCUUCCUCAUUUUCAACAUCUUUUACUGGAUCACAUACAAGAUUAUUCGGCAUGAAGAUGUCCACAAGAAAUAGAUGUGCCCUUCAGACCCUGGGACCUUCUUGCCUAAGUGUUGUGCUUGUAAAUACACAGUGAAAUUGUCUUUAUAACACUUUGAUAGAGGAGAAGAUUGGGGGAGGGGGGAGGGAGGAUCAUGGGGUGGGUUUCCUGGCACCUAGGUGAAUAAAGUUAUAUGGUAAUGAAGGAAAAUGUUUGCACAAAAUAAAGUUGUUGCAGAAUCACGUGAGCAUAAUUCCCUCCAUAGUCUUUAGCAUUGUUCUUUCAGAUGAUACAUCAAUUAGACAUAUAUGCAAGGUCAGGUUUUCAAGGGCAAUUUGUCUUUUGGUCUGGUUUUGACUGAUUUUAGUACUGGAAAAGCUUAAAACACACACACACACACACACACACACACACACACACACACACACACACAGAAAAUGCUUACCAUCAGACCAUAGUGACUAGCCUAUUGUGAGUCGAGGACCAAACUUUUUUCAGGAAAACGCUGCCUCAUUUUUAAAACAAGCCUCCUGAGCUACAUUCUUUACAAUGUCUGUAAUUAGUGUUUCACCCGUGAAAUCCUUUUGUGGGUCAUAAAUUAUUUCUACUCAUCAAAAAAAUAAACCUCAAUCACAAAGAACAGAUUUCUACUUUACUGUCUGUGUGGGUGUGAAUUUUAAUAUUAUUUUCUUUCCUAGAUGUAAUUUUGGGGUUUAAAUUGUGUCUUGUGCAGUUGUUUGAUAGUAUACCCUCUUAAAAAUAAAUGCCCAUUUUAUUUCAGAUCCAAGUUAGCAGACUAUAUAUUUUUUUUUCGCUUUGGCUAUAUUUAUGUGUGAAGUGCUCAAGUGUGAUGUAGCCAUUGCAACCUCACAGCCACAGUAUUUAUGAAGAUGGUGUAUCCUGAAUGGUGUAGCUCUUAUUAGCCUGAACUUCCCAUUUCUGCUCUCAUUGUAGGUGUAACUACUAGUCCUAAUGUCAACUGACCCAUGAUUUCUACUGUCAAUCCAAGUGAAUAUCAUUUUAGAUAUCUUUAACCAACUUAAAUAAUUUUGAAAUUGUACUGUGAUUUUCAUAACCUGUUGCCUUUUUGGUACCAGAGCUACGUGGUUUGAAUCCUGGCUACAUGUUUUAAGUAAGAAAAAAAAAAAAAGACGUAUUUUUGCUUACUCAGAUAAAAGACAACCUGUAAAAAUAUAAUGAAAAAAAUUGAACUUUACAUGUGCUGUAAAAGGGGCUAUUUAAAAAAAAGUAUUCGUUCAAUUACAAUAAAGCUAAGUGUG